AUGGAGGGAGGGAGUAUGUUGUUGGGUUCGUUCUGUUAUAGAAUCCUGUCGAUGGUUAGCGAUAUGUAUAUGCGUUAUAUGUCGGUGAGUGUAUCAAAGAUUAUUUCUUUUGCUGUCCUCGUUGUUGUUGCAUUUUGUUGUCUUUUUGGUGUUGCUGAUGUUGUUGCUGGUGGUGCUGGUGAUGGCGAUAGUGCUCGUGCUGGUGGUGUUGCUGUCGGUGAUGCUGGUGGUGCUUUUGCUGCUUGUGGUGGUGGUGAUGCUGAUGCUGAUGCUGUUCCCGUUGCUGUUACUUUUGCCGUGAUGAUGAACGACGACGAUAAACAGAAAAAAUUUAUAUUUGUAUUGGCAGUUACGGCAAUAUGA